AUGCCACUCGAUAUAAGUUAUGAUGAAAUUUGCUCCAAAUUCGAUCGGCUUGUCUCGAAUGGCAUAGUUCAGUACCAACCUAGCCACCCCGUCGUCGUUACUGACAGCGGCAUGACUUUUUGUUUCAAUGUGGUUGAGGCACUCAACGAGAAACCACAGGCCGGCGAGCCCUUCAAGAGCGCCCAGUCGAACCUCGGUGAUGGCACCGAUGCGCAGCCCGAAACGUUCGGCCCUGGAAGUGAUUUAGCAUUCGAUCACCCAGAUAUCUGCAUCACCAGAAUCAAUGAAACUCACUUCCUCGUGAUCAAUAAAUUCCCGGUUUUCCGACCGAUGCUACUUCUACUGACGACUGAUUCAUAUCGUCGACAGUAUGAAUUGCUUGACGCCGAGGACAUGGAGGCCGCAUGGAGUCUUGUGUGUGGACUUGAAGUAGAGCAUUUUGCUUUUUUCAACUGCACAGUCACAGCGGGGUCUAGUAGAGCUCAUAAGCAUCUGCAAGUCAUUCCAGCCCCAGGUGCCAAUGAUGGAUAUGCAGACGGAUUCAGGUUCUUUCCAGACUACGACCCUGAGUCCCAAACAGGUACGCCGUCUUGCGUAUACUUCUUGCAGAGGUUCGAAGACCCACCGGAGGGUCAAGAGAGGACCAGCCAGCAGCUCAUGGAAAUAUAUCUACGGCUUUUGCGACAAACACGCGAGGUUUUGAAGAUCAAUGAGGGCCCGUGUCCCCAUAAUUGGAUACUCACAAAACGAUGGAUGGUGGUUGUUCCUCGACAGAAUAAGUUGUACAGGGGACUCAGUGCAAAUUCACCAGGCAUGAUUGGAUCGGUUUACAUCGCAAAUCAGAGUCAAUUUGAUGCAUGGAAGGAGGCUGGACCCCAAAGGGUUCUAGCGGGAUUAGGCCUUCCCCGAGUGGAAUCCUGA